AUGACGAGACAAUCAGAGUAUAAAAAGAGAUUUGACCCUGAAUUGGGUAGUUUUACAAAACAACAUAUUUAUGGCGAAGGAAUAACAGAUGUUUUUAAAUCGUUUGGAUCAAAAUUAUUUGGAAAGACAGUUAAAAAAGCUGCUAAAAAAGGCGUUGAAAAAGCAGUAACAGCAGCCGCAACAAAAACCGGUGAACAUGUUGGCAAAAAGGCCGGUGAUAAAAUAGUGAAAAUGUUAUCAAAGGGGGAAGCCCCCAAAACCCCCCUGCUAAACCCCCCUGCUGGGGGGAUUGCAUCCCCCCAAAACCCCCCUGCUAAAAAAAUAUCUCAACAAGAGAUAGAUCAAAUGUUGAAUAACCUUCUUAGUGGGGGUUCAACACGUAAGAGAAAAUUCUACAAUUAUUAAAUUGGGUACCCCCCAGCAGGGGGGUUUUGGGGGCUUCCCCCCAUAAAAUUAUAUAAUUAUUAAAAUAAAAUGAAGUCUUUUAGAAAUCCAAAAUAUUUAGACAGAUAUGAAGACGUUGUUUACGACCUGGAACAGACUUUAGAUGCGGCUCCAGCAAAUGCCGCUCACCAAACUAAAACAGGUCUUAGAUUUGUAGCUGAUAACACAGGAGAAUCCACUCCUUUUGAUUGGUAUAACGCACGAUUAUCAAUGGAUUUUAAAGUAAAUAAGCUGGCAGAUGGAGGAAAUAUAGCAGUUGCUGACCAUAAUGGAAUUGUAAAUGGUAGUAACUCGUUUAUAGAGAAAUUAAGUAUCCUAGCAAAUGGUCGAGAAGUUUAUAGUUGUAAUUAUGCAAAUCAUGUUGUAAAUAUUAAAAAUUUACUUGAGUAUAAUCCUUCAUAUGCCCAGAGUGUUGCUACAAACGAAUUUUAUUUUCUUGAUACUUCAAGAGCCGCAGAGGAAAGACCUGCUCAAGCAACUUAUAAUAAAGGUUUUCAUAGUAGGAAAUUACUAUUAGGUGUAUCAGCCACAGUAAACUGUGAAAUUCCUCUUAAUAGAUAUUCUUUCUUUGAAGCAUUGGAAGAUAAACUACUUCCUAAUACAAAAAUCGAGUUAAAUAUCGAGAUUGAAAAAGAUGCAAAUUUAAUUUUUAAAGCUGCUGAUGAUUGUAGAGUUAUUAUAACAAGACUACAACUUUUUAUUCCAAAACUUACGUUUAAUUCAGAAGGACAAAAGUUGUAUAUGGAAAAUUAUCUUAAACCUUACAAAUGGACAUAUUUGAAUGAAGUAGUUGAAAGGUCAAAUAAUACACAGCAACAGACAGGUCAUUUUAGAAUUACAAAUGCUAUUUCAAAACCACGCCAUGUAUUUAUUUUUGGAAUUGAUACGGCAAGAAUUGAUUCUCAAACGGCGAAUCCAUUUUUAUACGACACUUUUGAUCUGCCAAAUAAUGCUAAUAUAUCAAGAUGUUACCUGGAAGUUGCAAAUGGAAACGAAUACCCCGAUAUUCACUUUAAACCUUCUACAGAUAUGUCAAGAGUUUUUAGAAAUGUAAUGUCAUACGUCUAUGCAAAUAAUGAUUAUCAAGGUGGAACAUUACUUAAUAGAAGUAAUUUCAAAACUUUAUUUCCUUUUGUUUAUUUUGAUUUGACUAAACAGAAAAUGGAUAUAAAAGAUGGAGUCACAAAAUUAGCAUUUCAUUACGAAUUAUCUGCUAAUCCAAACGCUGAUUAUAAUAUUUACGCGCUAGUCUUGCAUGAAAGAGUAGCAGAAAUAUCACAACAAGAUGGAAAACUAUUGCUUCGUGCAUAAGGGAAUCCCUACCUUAGAUACACCGCAUAUGAUUACACAGAAUUUUCCACAAGUUGUUAUGAUUACACAGAAUUUUUCACAAGUUGUUAAAGUUACACAGAAUUUUUCACAAGUUGUUAAAGUUACACAACAUUUUUACACAACAUUCUACACAAGCUUUUAAAGUUACACAACAUUUUACACAUCAUUUUACACAUUUGUGAAAAAUUCUGUGUAAUCAUUUGAAUGGGGGGAUUGCAUCCCCCCAAAACCCCCCUGCUUCUAGAAGGUUCUAAUGACAAAGCAAUUUUUAAAAUUAGAUUUUGAAGAUAAAAUCUAAUUAUAUCAAACGGGGAAACCCCCUCCCUUCGUAGCGCCGCGUGAGGUUACACGUGAGGGAAAACAGCCGCCAUAACCCCCUUUCCUUGUCUACACCACGUAAAAUAAGAUUUUAAUAUAAACAUUAAAAUAAAAUGUCUAAUUAUAUGGAAUACGGAGUAAAACUUACUGAUGGCCAAAAGACAAAACUGGCUUCUGCGAUAAUAAAUCAGUCACCUUUGACUCUUCGAUUAAAACAUUCGCAUCUUAGAGGAAAUGAUGAGUUAAUGUUGACAAAAAGACAGAUUGCCAAAAUAAAUAAAUCUAUUGCAAAUGGCACAGGAUCUGAUAUAAAGAUAAGUAAAACUCAAAUUAGAAAAUCUGUAAAACACGGAGGAAACUUAUUUUCAUCACUUGCAUCUCUUGGAGCAAAAGUUCUUCCUUUCGCAAUAAAAGGAAUAAGUAAAGCUGUUCCCGCAUUAGCUACAGGAGCUGCCACUGCACUUGGUGAAAUAGGAUUAAAUAAAAUCUUCGGAAAGGGGGGACACUACGGUAUACCAAUUACACCAGAGUUUUUCCCAAUGCUACCACCAAUUGUAAGAGAAUUUACCAAAUCACAAAUAAAUCAAAUUAACAAAGCUUAUCAAUCAGGUAGUGGAGUAGUUAUAAAACCAACUCGUAAACAGAUAGAAGGAGGAUUUUUAGGUACACUUGCUUCUAUUGGUAUUCCAAUAGCAAUUAGUUUAGUAUCUAAGAUGCUUGGUGGGGGGCUUCAGGUUGAUAGACGUGGGUCAUCUAAUACAGCAAAUGUUUACGUUCCACCCACAGAUGGGGGAGGUUAUCCAUAUCAAUCACCUCCUUUUAUUGGAACAUGGUCCAACCCUAUAGGAAUGGGAGUUAAAAAAAAAAAGACCAAAGGCAAGGGUCUACUAUUAGGAAAAAACAGCCCAUUCAACUCAAUUCCCAUACUAGGAACAAUUUUAUAAUAAGGGGAACCUACGGACAAGCCCUUCGGGCCCCUAACACCCCUCCCUCUCAACUUAAUUUUGAAAUUAAGGCGUUGUCCAACUUUGACCUCAUGGAAUGGAUAAAAAGACUUGGUAUAAAAAAUUUCAGAGGAAUAUAUAGUCGUGAUGGACUACCUCAUAAAAUAAAAAAAGAAUGCGGAAUAAUUAAUCUAGAUGAUAUACAAGGUCCUGGAACACAUUGGGUUUGUUAUAGAAGCCCUGCUGGUGGGGAAAGUGGUUUGUAUGAGUAUUUCGAUCCGUUUGGACUGAUAAUGCCAAAUGAAGUAUUAGACUAUUUUCACACAGGGCCUGUAAAACCUAUUGUGUACUCAAUGGAUGAAAUACAAAAUCGCAGUACUGUUCUCUGUGGUUAUUGGUGUUUAUAUUAUUUAUUUGAGAGACAGCGGGGUAAUAGUAUUUUAAAUGUAAUACAUAACCCACAUUUUGAUGAUGAUAACAGCGAUUUCAUACAAGAAUACUUUGGCGGGUGAACCUACGGUUCCCCCGAAACCCCCUCCCUUGGCUACGCCGCGUAAUGUAAAAAUAAUAUUUAACAAAUAUUAUUUUUUUUAUUAUAUAAGGGGGACAUCCCUCAACACCCCCUGCUGCUACGCCGCAUUAGUUUACAGAAUUAAAUAAUUUCCUCGUACAACAUUUUUAAGCGUAUUAGAUUUCUCACUUAUUUCCAUAAGCAACUCAAAUACUUUUAUAAAUUUAUUAUCGUUUUCCAAUCUAGCAAAAUCAGCGUAUUCAUAACUCAUGUUUAGGCUAUUGUAUAUCUUUUGAAGCUCACUUUUGAGAAAAUUCGAUCUGGUAGUCAUAAUUUUUAUCUAAACGUUAUAUAAAAUGAAAGAAACUUAUUGUAUCGUAGAUAAAAGAGUAACUCCUUGUACAGAGCCAAGUGGUUACCAACAAGAUAAAAGAGGUAGAACUCAAUUCUUUUGUAGAUGCGCAGUUUGUGGAAAUAAAAAAGUAAGAUAUGUUAAAAUGGGGGGAGUGCCUCCCCCCAUAACCCCCCUGCAAACUGGAAGUGGAAAAAGAAAGUCAAAAAACUAAUUAGCCCGUCUGAAGGGGCGGGCGUCUUUGAUACAGUUGUUGGUACAGCAGUUGAUGGAUUUGUACAUUACGGGCUUCCUUGGAUGGGUAAAAAAGCAGUUGAAAUGGGGCGAUAUGGAGCAAGUGAGUUAAUGAGAAACAAAAAUCUUCAGAAGAAAGCUGUAAAUUAUGGAAUUAAUAAACUCACUCCAUUUAUUCAAGAUUCUGUUGGAACAGCCAUGGAUGAACUAUCAACAAAAGUGAGGCCAAAUAAAAAGUAUAAAACUGACAGAAAAGAUUUGGAUGGAGGUGCGAUUGAUAUACACAAGCAAAUUGGUAAAUUACCAAAACCAAAAGGUGGAUGGACAUUGCCAGGGCAUAAAUAUACAGGCCCUUAUAAUGAUCUUGAGAACCAAGUAAGAUAUGAUCCGGAAACCGGAGAAAUAUUAGAAAUUUAUGAUCAACCAACUGGGCCAACCGAUGCUGUUGCCAUGCAGCAUGAUGUUGAUUAUAGUGUUUGUGGUGAUGACCGAAAGUGUAAAAAUAAAGCUGACAUCAAGAUG